AUGAGAGAUGUUAUUAGAGCUUGGAUUCCAAUUGAUACAAAUGUAAAUGCACCAAAUUAUCAAAUUCCAAAUUUUGAAAAUCAAAAAGAUUUAUUUGUUGCAAUGUUAGCACCAAGUGAAAAUGAACCACCUUCACCACCAUCAAAUCCACAUUCUUACAAUGAACCAAAAGAUGAAAAGGAUAAGAAAAUUGAUGAAUUAACUUUAGAUUGGAUUGACACUAUGAGUUACUCACACAAUGUUUCAUCAAAUUCAAAAGAGUCACAUCUUGGUGAAUUAACAUUAACCAAAUUUGUUUGUGACCGUUCACCAUCAUUGAAUUAUAUGGCAUUACGUCGUGAAAUCAUUCCUCAUAUUAUUCAUCGUUGUAUUGGUAAAAUGAAGGAUAAUGUACUCCCAAUCAUUGAAUAUGAAUUACAUUAUUGUACAUUGAGAAAUGUUUCCAUCUCUGGUGGUGUCGGUGGAAAACCAGUUGAAACAUUAUCAAUUGCAUGUAAAAUCAUGAUUAUAAAGAAUAUUAAAAUCAAUGUUGAAUCUGGUGAAUUAUUAUGUUACCAAGUUUGCAACUGGGAUACUCUUAAGGAAACUGGCUCAAAGACAAUUCGUCCAUCAAUUAAUGGUACUUCAACAAAAUCAUCCUUAUUAGAUUUAGCAAAGAAACGUUUAAUGGUUGAUUUCGAUUCUCAUGAUCCCUCAAUGAUUAAAUUAUUAAAAGAUCUUGGAAUUGUAUCUGAAUAUAAUUUACCACAUUCAGAUAAUAGUAAUGUUGAUGAAACUGAGUUCCAUAGAGUUAUGAUUAAUAAAGAACCCCCACUAUUCCAAGUACUUGAUUUACCACCAACACGUACUUUAACAGUUGAAAAAGUUAAAAAAUCAAUCUCUGAUAAACUUAAUAUUCCAUUAGAUACAAUCAAACAUUUAUUUAAUCAUUCAAAUGGUAUCUUGAUUGAUUCUCCAAAAAUUUUAAAAAUUUCAACUUCAUAUAUGGUACAACUUACCGAUGGUAAAUUCUAUGGUCAUUAA